AAAAAAAAAAGAGGGAGCGAUGAUGUGGACACACUGACAUACUCCAUUGUUAACGACCAAAUCCCUCCUCUUCCCAUCUCUCCUCCUCCUCUCUUCUCCCUUACUCGGUUACUCUCUCUCAUUCUUCUUUGGGCAGGCCGGCCCACGGGCACGAGGCGGGAGAAAGGGAGGGCGGCCGGCCGGCGAUGGCCGACGCGGGAGAAGGCGAGACGAUGGCUCCUCCUACCGCGGGCGCGAGGCGGGAGAGAGGGAGGGUGGCCGGUGGCGGCCGAUGCUGGGGCGACGGCGGCCGGUGAUGGCCGACGCGGGAGAAGGGGAGACGAUGGGUCCUCCUACCGCGGGCGCGAGGCGGGAGAGAGGGAGGGCGGCCGGUGGCGGCGCCGGCCGACGCUGGGCCGGCGAUGGCGGCCGACGCUGGGGCGAACUUCGCAAGCAGACGCACGGCCCCACACAGGCACGACUCCUCCCUUGUCGCGAACUUCGCAAGCAGACGCAGGCACUAGCGAGCGGCAGCGGCGAGUGAGCCCUUGUUGGCCUGUUCUGCUGCCCCCAUCCUCUGCAACCUGCAGCUUUUCUUGAGCGGCACUUGUUUAAGGGAGUGUUUGGGAACUAGGGACUAAAUUUAGGCCUCUCAUAAAAAUAUAAAUCCCUACCAUAAAGACUUAUUCUUUUAUAAGAGGGACUAAAAUUUAGCCCCACUUUAGUCCCUCUAACCAAACACCGCCUCAAUAUUGUUUAUGCAUCGGGUGUCAUGUGCUAAAACAAGCUAGACUGCUGUUGUGCUUCUGCAAACAAGGAAUCGCCCAACAGUAGCAAGAAAGAAUGGUUGGAGAUGCUUUGCUACUGGGUUUCCUUCCGACACUGUAGCGGAGCUCAAUAAUGUCAGGGAUUUGAGCUGAUGAGCUUUAUCUCUGCCCUGAAUGUUUCCUUUUGCAGCUAUGGUUUUGGACUUUUGGUGUUACUGACGUGAACAUGUUAAAUGUAUGUUUGUGGCUUGGUGAACCUGCUUAAUGGCUGCUAUAAAACCGUUUUGUUCUUUUCAUUUGGUGUUACUGAUAUGAAGCUAACUGUAACUGAGUAUGAUGUACAAAUACAAGCUAGCAGCCUAGCAAAGCUUGAUCGAUAGCAAUGGCGGCGAAGGCGAUCGACUGCCCGCCAGCGCCGAGGCCGACGCCGGCGUCGACGCCCAGCACCGGGUUGUCGUCGUGCCCACGCGACGCGCUGAAGCUGCGUGUGUGCGCCAACGUGCUUGGCCUCGUCAAGGCCAAGGUCGGCGCGGUGGCGCCGUACGAGCCCUGCUGCUCGCUGCUCGACGGCCUCGUCGACCUCGACGCCGUCGUCUGCCUCUGCACCCGGCCCUGCCUCCUCCUCCGCGCCCAGCACCGCGGCGCCCGCCCGCGCUGGGCCGCUUCGCCGCCGGCGGCGACUCAGCGCCGUCGACGCCAUUCGAGACCGGCCGCCGCCCUCGCCUUCUCCCGCGUCACAGCCGCCGCCGCCGCCGCCUCCUCCUCUCCCGCCUCGCCCCGACAGCCUCUUCCCAGCCGCCAGCCGGCUUUGCCCAGAGAAGAUAAGAGAAGAGAAGAGUGAGAGAGAGAAAGAGGAGGAAGGGAGAGGAGGGGAGAGAGAGAGAGGAGGUGAUGAUGUGGCAUCCUGACACAUGGGGUCAUGUGUUCUACGCUGACUUAGCUGUCACGCAGGAUAAAACCGGGUCAAAACCACCGAAUAAGAUAUUAUGAUCGGUUUUGAUUAGUUAAGUGACAUCGGAUAUUUGGUUUUGCUGUUUGGGGAUGAAUUUGUAACUCGAUGAUAAGUUGAGGGAUCUUCUGUGUACUUUUUCCUUCCAUAUCAUUAUCUAAGCAAAUAGUGU